AUGACAUGGCGAGACAUUUCAAACAAUGGACAUUGUCUCCAACAUGCAACAAUCUGCAUUCAGAUGGUAAUAAGUAUUUUGCAACGAAGUUGAAACUCUUGGUGACUUGGAAUUUGGAUAAUCUCUCAACAUUGAGAUAGAUUUGGAGUUUCUGACAGCAGACAUGGAGGCCAUUCAGAAAGCUAUUCGUGAGGAAUUUCAAAAGAAACAUGAAUUUGUAAAAACUAUGGAGGAAUUUUCCAAAAUGAAAACAAAUGAAGAGAGAGUAAAAUUUGUGUUAUCCUUGCCUGUGGUCCAAAAACACAUUCAUCUUGAGGAUUAUGAUAAUGGCAAAAAUUCAGAAGAAUCUUGUCAUCUAAGAACUGAAGGAAACCAGUACUUCAUAAAGAAGAAUUAUUCCAAGUCCCUUAAGCUUUAUACAGCUAGUGUUUUAAAAGCUCCAGUGACGAAUAUGAAUUGUUUUGACAAAAUGGAAACCAAGACUGAGACCAAAGACCUGGAGUUAGCCAAUGCUUAUGCUAACAGAUCAGCUGCCAUGUUUCAUCUGAAGGACUAUGCUGCUUGUUUGUGGAAUGCAGAACUGGCUUUCCGAUUUGGAUAUCCCACGGAAAACCAUUACAAGUUACAUGAUCGACAGGGAAAGUGUCAUAGACAGCUGCAGGACUUUAUUAAAGCAAAACAGUCAUUCCAAUCAGCUUUAAAGUCCCUGGAGUUUUCAACUCUAGAUGAAAAGAAAAGGCAAAAUCUAUGUAAAGAUAUGCAACGUCUUAUAGAAGAAGUGAAAAUUGAAGGCCGUAAUUUGGACUUGGAAAAUCAUAUGGAUGAGGAGCAGAGGCAGGUCGUAAACCAUUUUCACUCAGAUCUGCCUCAAAUUGACAAAAGUUCCCAAAAUUCUGUAUUCCUGUCGGCCAGUAGUACAGUCAGUUUAAGGGAGAGCACGGAAAUGGGACGUGGACUAAUGGCAUCCACUGAUAUUAAAGUGGGAGAUAUUGUAGCAGUGGAGAAACCGUAUGCCUCAGUCAAUCUCCCAGAAAGAGAACAAGAGUACUGCAGUCACUGCAGUAAAAGAAUCAAUGCCCCUGUGCCCUGUCAGCAGUGCAGUGAUGUUGCCUUCUGUUCCCUGCAGUGUCAGGAAGAGGCCUGGACAGAAUAUCACAUAAUAGAAUGUAAAAUCAUCAGACAUGUCCAAAAUAUGAAAUCAAAACUAGGGCAUCUAGCAUUUCGUAUGGUUUUGAAAGCAGGAUUUCCCUUUCUCUUCAAGGAACGAAGCAAUUUUUGCAAAGAUGACGUGUCAGAGAGUAUUGGAUAUAAUGGGGAUGGCUGUUAUGAUUCAGAGAAUUAUCAUGCUCUAUACACCUUAGUGAAUCAUGGAGACAAAAGAACACCUGAGGAUCUGUUUAACAAGGCAGUCCAAACUGUCUAUUUAUUGGGGUGCUUAGAGUUAACUACUUUUUUCAAAGAUUGUCAAAAGGGACAAGAAAUGGAUGCAAAAUGUUACAUAGGAAGCCACAUUUUAAGACAAAUACAAAUGUUGCCCUGUAAUGCCCAUGAAAUUUCUGAAAUCCUCUGGAAGCCAGGGGAUCCUACUGUAACAAACAGCAUAGAGAUAGGAUCUGGAGCUUACGCACUUCUCAGCCUCAUCAACCAUUCUUGUGACCCUUCAGUGGUACGACACAACUAUGGCAAUAUUUGUGUUGUCAGAGCUAUAAAGCCCAUUAAGAAAGGAGAGGAAAUUCUUGACAAUUAUGGAGCUCUAUACCCAUUGACCAUAAGAGAGGAACGUCGGGCAAAAUUACGGCCACAGUACUUCUUUGAUUGCAACUGUGAUGCUUGUCAGUUAGAACUUCCUCUUUAUUUUGAUAUUCCUGAUGAUGUCCCAGUGUUCAAAUGUAAAGACUGCUCUGGACCUAUUUUCAUUUCUCAAGACAAGGAUCUGGCAGAAGCAGAAUGUUCAAGUUGUCAUGAGAAGAAAGACUUGAAUCAAACUGUGAUGAAGCUACAGGAAUAUACAAAUGGGUACCAUGUAGCAUUAGAGCAGGUGCUUGCCGGAGUUGACAUGCAGGCAGCAUUAGAGGUGUUAUUAAAGCACCUGGAAUUCCUGACAGUUCACAUUUCUUUGCCAUGGAGAGACAUUAAUAACUGUCAAGAGGCAAUCAAACAGUGCUUUGCCACGCAAGCCAAUUCUUAUAUCCUUCCAUGAGUGAACAUUUGUGUGACAAAAUUUUAUGAUAGAAUUAAUGAUGGAACAUUUUCGUGAUAUUCUGGCUGGAUGCUCAAGAUCUAUGCAUUGAUUUUCUCCCUGUGUUUAUCGCCUGGUCAUGUUUUGCACUGCUGGACUAAUCUAAUUAGAUUCUCUGUGACUUUGAGAUAAAGUUACCAACAAUUUAUUAAAAUGUUUUACCAAUAAAAGGGCAUUGCACAGACAUUAUCAGUUGUGCACAACGGCGUGUAGAAUCACGAAAAAUUAUUAAUGGAAUGUUAUUUUUCUUAAUAAAGCACAUUGAUUUUAACUCAUCCUUUUAUUAUCGGGCUUAAUCUUGUAUCCUGUUUAAUUAAGAUUUCAAACAUGUUUUUUUUUUAAUUUUGCAUCCAAUGGCAAGUAAUUGAGGACAUGAGCAUUUUUGUGUUUCUUAUGGUGAUUCAGGCCAUUAUUUUCAGAAAAUAUUCACACACAACAAUAGAUGUUCCAUUAGAUUUUGUAUGGAUGUGCUGAUAAAAUGACAAUAGAUCUUGAAGCGGUGAAGGGGUAUUUUUCAAUCACUGGCAGCAAUGUUACAAAGCCUCUGCUCAAAAUGUUUAACUUUAUAUAAGAGAUUAAAAACAGCCUGAAUAAAUUCAGAUAUAACAACAGUGUAACAGCCACAGAAGUGUGGUUUGCUUUAACAGCAGUGAAAAAAAGCAAUCUUUAUAUCAAUUCAACAUCAAAAUACAUGGAGAUUUAAAGCCUAUUUUAAACGUAUUUUAUAUUUCAUGACACAAGCUUAUUUUUUCAACAAAAGCUUUUGUGGACAUAUCUUGCAAAGUAAAUAUUAGAUGUGCUAGAUGUCAACUAAAUGUUCCUUUUAUUGAUCAAAAUAAAAACAUUUAUUAAUGUGUACCUAGA